AUGACUCGUUACUUCUGUUGUGGAAGCUACUUCCCAGGCUAUCCUUGCUAUGGAACCAACUUCCAUGGCAACUUCAGAGCCACUCCCCUGAACUGUGUUGUACCUCUGGGCUCUCCCCUGAACUAUGGCUAUGGAUGUAAUGGCUACAACUCCCUGGGCUUCGGCUUUGGUGGUAGCAACAUGUACAACCGGGGCUGUUAUGGUGGCAGCUGUUGCAGGCCAUGGGGCUCUGGCUCUGGCUUCGGCUACAGCACCUAUUGAUGAACCAGUGGCUCUGGCGACUACAGGACUCCCAAUCAAUUCUCCAUACACAGAACAACCUGAAGAGCAAUGACUGCUUUCCUGCCUCCUGAUGUGCUUGGGAGACACAUCUAUCUUCUGACUGUGGUCUUCGAUCACCUGGAACUCAAAUGCUGAA